AGAUUCUCGACGCCAGUCAAAGACGCGAUGGGGGCUGGGACUCUGUCCAAGCCGGCCGGAGAGGCGGAGGGCACCGACGUCGACUUUGACACAAUCAACAAGUAUUUGGCAUCGGAAAUUGCUGCGAUUGUCACCGGGUUUGGGGCGGCGUACGAGCCGUACGGGCCCAAGAUCAUCGAGAACGGCAUCGACGGCCAUCUCCUCUCGGCGCUCGGGAUCGACGAAGUGACGUCGAUUGUCGAAACACUCGGGGUCACGAACGCGAUCCACGCCAAGAAGAUCGCGUUGUUCUUCAAAUCGUUUAAGGAAAAGCAACUUGGCGUGGCACUGCCGGUCACUUCACCCAAACUCGCCGCGCCAUCGCCGUCGUCGCGGUCCAUGAGUAGCCGAAAAGUCCGACGAACGUCCAUCGGACACUCUGUCGACAAGCAAGAAACUAGCGAGGAAGCGCUUGCCGCGCUUCGAGCUUCCCUGGCCAUCGAUAGUUCCAUCCAGUCCACCCCUGUUGCCGGUUCAACUGCCAACCCCCCAGUCGCUACUUCAGCUUUAUCAACUCCCGAGCAGCGCGACAACUGUUCUGCACCAGUCCAACCAAAUAUCCCGUUAGUCGAUGUAGCGACACCAGUGCCAGGGAGUGCCAUUGAGCCUGCAGCUACCAUUGCCCCAGCUUGAGCGCCGACUGGCUUUAACUUACAAUGUCCUUCCACCCGCA